AGGUCCGUUAUUCUAUUCCAGAGGAGAUGACAAAGGGCUCGCUGGUGGGAAAUAUCGUUCAGGAUCUCGGUUUGGAUGUUAAGAGGCUGAAAUCUGGUCGAGCGCGGAUCUUUACGGAGGACAGUCGUGAGUACAUCGGUCUGAAUGUGGAUAAAGGGACUCUGCUAGUGAAAGAGAGGAUAGAUAGAGAGGAGCUGUGCGCCCAAGUGUCUCCCUGCUCCUUACAUUUUCAGAUUAUUCUAGAAAACCCCAUGGAGCUGCAUAGAAUCGAUGUAGAAAUAUUGGAUAUCAAUGAUCAUGCUCCUGUUUUCUUAAAAAAAGAAAUAACCUUCCAAAUUAGCGAAUUAGCGAUACCUGGAGCCAGAUAUUCAAUCGAUAGCGCUAAAGAUCCAGAUGUAGGUUUAAAUUCACUUCAGACGUAUAAAUUAAAUCCGAACGACCAUUUUGUGCUCAAAACCUUGUCUCACACUGACGGUACUAAAUAUGUCGAAAUGGUCUUACAGACUCCAUUAGACAGAGAAAAACAGGAGGAGUAUAAUUUGAUUUUAACCGCGUUUGACGGUGGAUCCCCCCAGAAAACUGGAACCUUAAAAAUUAACAUUAUUCUCUUGGAUGCAAAUGACAACGCACCUGUUUUUAGUCAGUCUGUAUAUACAGCACUUGUAGCUGAAAAUGCGUCAAUGGGGUCAUUAGUCGUAAAGGUUAGUGCAACUGACGCAGAUCAAGGAACAAAUAAAGAAGUUUCCUAUUCAUUCUCGGAAAGCAGUGACAGUAUCUUAGAUACAUUCAAUAUUGAUCUAACAAAUGGUGAUAUUACAGUUAUUGGCCCUCUCGACUUUGAAAAAUCAAAGAAAUACGAGCUGAAUGUGGUGGCGACAGACAUUGGUGGUUUAACAGAUACUGCUAAAGUGAUGGUGGAAAUUACAGAUGUUAAUGACAAUGCCCCUGUAAUUAAUGUAAUAUCUUUCUCAAACCCUUUGCCAGAAAAUUCAGCUCCUGAGACUGUGAUAGCGAUGCUGAAUGUCAAAGAUUUAGAUUCGGGAAAAAAUGGACAGGUCAGAUGUUUAAUUAAUCCUAGUUUACCAUUUCAAAUCAGACAAUCAUCCUCAAAUUUUUACAGUCUGAUUACUGAUCAGCUUUUAGACCGUGAAAAAAUGUCUGAGUAUAACAUCACGAUAACAGCUAUUGAUGAGGGCUCGCCUUCUUUCUCUACUAAUAAAACAUUGAUUCUGAAACUCUCUGAUGUCAAUGACAACGCCCCUGUGUUUCAGCGUCAGUCAUACACCGCAUAUGUGAUGGAAAAUAAUUCACCCGGAGUCUCUGUUUUAUCUGUUAAAGCGCAUGACAAAGACUCUGGCAAUAACGCGCGUAUUUCAUAUUUUCUAGAAGAUAUUCUCGUGAAUGGCGUCUCUGCCUCGACGUUUAUUUCAGUGAAUGCAGAGAGCGGAGAGAUUCUUGCUGUUCGUUCGUUUGAUUAUGAGCAAACAAAAUAAUUUAGUAUUCGCGUAAAGGCGCAGGACGGAGGAAAUCCUCCUCUCAGCAGCAACGUGAGCGUGAAAAUAAUGAUUCAGGACCAGAAUGACAACGCGCCUCAGGUUCUGUAUCCGGUCCAGUCAGGCGCUUCUGUGGUGGCUGAAAUAGUGCCUCGUUCGGCAGAUGUGGGUUAUCUGGUGACUAAAGUGGUGGCUGUUGAUGUGGACUCUGGACAGAAUGCCUGGCUCUCAUAUAAACUGCAGAAAGCCACAGACAGGGCGCUGUUUGAAGUGGGCUUACAGAAUGGAGAAAUAAGAACUGUGCGCCAAGUGACAGAUAAAGAUGCUGUGAAACAAAGACUCACUGUUGUAGUGGAGGACAACGGGCAGCCCUCUCGAUCAGCUACAGUCAAUGUUAACGUGGCGGUGGCGGACAGUUUCCCUGAAGUGCUCUCGGAGUUCACUGACUUUACGCACGACAAGGACUACAACGACAAUCUGACUUUCUAUCUGGUCUUGGCCUUGGCUGUAGUUUCGUUUCUCUUUAUCGUGUCUAUCAUCGCCAUACUGUCAGUCAAAUGCUACAGAUGGAGACGCGAGCGGAUGUUUUACAAAUCUGGAGCGAAUCUUCCAGUUAUUCCGUAUUAUCCGCCUCUUUACGCAGACGUAGGGGGCACAGGAACUUUACAGCACGUGUACAAUUAUGAGGUUUGCAGAACCACUGACUCCAGAAAGAGUGAUCUGAAAUACGGCAGACCCUGCAGUGAAAGCACCAUUAGUCUGGACAGCAGUGGAACACAAACACUCACGCAUGCGCAAAGAGCAAAACUGAAUAAUGAAGAUUAUUUUGAUCAGGUGAGCUCGAGUGAAUGAGCCUGAAUGUGACUUUUUGGUGUCCAUUU